AUGUCUGGUACAGUUAAGGCUCUGUUAGAACAGCUCAAAAAGAAGCUGUGGAGAUGCAGAGUGGCUGCAAGCCUGUCUAGAGUCAGCCCCUGGUACUUCAUGUCUAAAUGAGGUAGAAGAGGAAGGGGUUGAACUGCAGGAGGAGCUUGCAAUGGAGGAGGGUACAGGUUGUUAUCCUCCAACAAUUAAGGGGCCAGUGCAGGAAUAAAAUUUUGAUGAGCGUGAGGCAAGGACAAAAAGAUCCUGGGAGACUUUUUCACCAUCUUCAAUAAGCAAGAAGAGGCAGUGGAAACAAAGCAGGAAAUCUGAACAAAAGAAGAAGAAUAAAGAGGCUGAUGAGAGACUUAGGCUGUAUGAAGAGAGCAAAGCUGCCCAGGAGGUCAUGGGUCACAGUCGUGAGCUGGGUAAGUCACAAGAAACUGUGAAUAAUGCUGUUUUAGGUAAGGUAGUUUCUUAACUUGAGAAAAUUACUAAAUUAUUACAGACACCUAGUUUAGCGAGAGUUUUGAACAAAGGUAAAGAAAUAGUCACAGUUCGUCCUAAAGUGUCGCAGUCUGUGAGGGAGGUGGUUAGAGUGAAGGAAACUUGUAUGAAGGAAGCGUUAGGAUGUGAAAGUUCACCUCUAGGUUUUCAUUUAAGUAAAACAAUAAAAGAUAGAAUAUGGAAGGGGGAGUACAUUGCUAUCCUGUCACUAUCACCUACAGCAAAAUAAUUUACUAAACCGGAUAUAGAAAAAGGGGAUAAGGAGAGGAAAAGCAUUAUACCCAGGUCAUUUAACAAUUGGCUUCAAGCCUUUUGUAUCUAUUCUAGUGUGCUAGGUGAAAAAUAUCCAGAAUUGCAGUAGCUAUUUUGAAAGCAUACAGAAUUUUUUUGGGGGGUGUUUCUUGUUUUUUUAUGUCUAACAAUUCCGUCAAAUAUUAACAGUUCCUAGUAGCUUGAAGUGGGGAAUGAAAGAUAAAGGGUUAUGGCUGAGCAUAUUACCUCAGAGACGGCCAGUUUAUGCUAAGAGACAGGUUAGUACAGAUACCACACAGGAAAAAGGGGUUUUUGGGCAUAUAAUAAAUCUCAGUGUAAAUGGCCUACACCACGCUAUGGGACAAUCCUCUACAGAAAGGCCUCCACCGAAAAAGAUGAGACCUGAAUGGACACUAGCGGGUUCUCCAGCUAAGCUGAAUGCCAAAGCCGCUGAAUAA